AUGACCGCUGGAUCCAGCCAGCAGAAUGCUGCAGUGGUCUUAUUAAUCAGUCAUUUAUGUUUCUAUGGGGGUUGUCAACUGACUGAGUUACAGGUAAAGGGGUCUGCUUCAGCGCUAUAGGCAAUGCGGAAAUGCUGCUCAGUGCUAUGUCAGAUCCGUUACAUUGUUGCUGUUACAUUGUAACUGCUGCUACACUCAAGAGUAGAGUUGUUACAUUGUUUUAUACACUCGGAUGUGUUACAUUGGUGCUUUACUGUGUUGUUACGUCGUAACUGCUAUGCUACUUGGCUACACGCAGUGUUGUUACAUUGUAACUGUCUGCUGCUAGCCUGCAUGCUACACACUCCCCGAGAUUUGUCGCUUGAAGCUAUAUAUAGUAUUGGUCAAUAGUUGCCUGCAAGAUAAGAUUUUUUCUGAAGCAUUUGUUGUAGAAAGCUACUGUUGGUACGCUAGGUCUUGUUCAUAACGGCGUUGUGAAUAGCUCCGCGUUGUGUAUUUGUGGUCAACAACAACAGGUAGGCCUGUGCCAUCGCUGCAACGGGACAGUCCAGAACGGCACCGCCGUGAGCCAGUUCUGUUCCGGGUCUGCGGGUUUGAUUGAUGGCCGCUGCUGCCUGCAGCGAAAGGAAAACACCAGGGAUGCUGACUACAUCAUUGGGUAGGAAUUCGAUUUUGUGCUUUGACAAGGAUUCGUUUUGUAACCAUUUACAGUUGAUAAUAUGGUGGUCCUACUGAAUUGCCCAUAGAGGACAGAUACUUUGUGUAAUAACAUUUAGUAACAUCCAACAACUAUAACAUGUAACAACUGGUUAGUAAAAUGUACCAACUGAUGAAGUGUCUGUCAUUGUUUUUUUUUUACUGUCUGUGCCCUUUAUUAACAUGUAUUAAUCCCACUCGAUACGUUUCUCUCAGGUUGGACCUAUCAAACUGUUCCCUAAGCCACGUUGAAGACCUUCAAGAUGCAUUCAACGCUACAACAAUGUAUGGGGAAAAAAAACAGACUGUUCACAUUUACAUACAUUAUCAGUGUGUUACUAUGCGCAGCGUUAACUUCUGUUUUCUCUCUUGACCUUGCAGAGAUCUGUCACUGAACCCCAUUGUAAACCUGAACAAUGCCCUGUUUGAAGGCUUUAUCCAGUUGGCUAACCUGUAAGCACAAUGUCAACGUUAUUUACUGUCCAUCGGUGUUUGCCAAUAACACCAUUGCUAAAUCCCUCCUGUACUGUACUCGGGGACUGAGCUCUCCUGUAGCUCUGGUGCAAUACGGUCUGGCGGUUCUAAAAAUACUAUUUUCUUCUCUGUCUUUGGACCUGUAAGGAUUCUGCCCGCCAACCUGGUCUGUCCAGGAGGCAAUGCAUCAUGGGAUAAGAUGGAGGUCAAAGGGGAGACUCGUUUUUGUGAAGGACAGGAGGACAUCUGCAACCAGACUGGCCAUUUGUGUAAAUCAGUCACUUACCAUUAAGGGUUUCUGCUGUGUGACAUUUGUUUUGUUGAGUAGACAAGCAUUCCUUAUUUCUAGUUUAACUUACAUUUGGGAAACAAUUAAAAUGUGAGUGCCACCUAAGCUGUGAUUCUAAAUACAGUGAACUGGCAUCGGUGUUAUAACUGACAGUUUAUAUAGUACCUUUUUAUAUGCUUAUUUUCCCUCCAUAACUUUGCUUCUACAGCGUUGAACUGCCCUGAGAACUCCCUCUGUGCCCCAUAUGGUCCCGGCUUCUUUCAAUGUAGCUGUGUGGAUGACUUCUAUGGAUACAAGUGUCUUCGAGAGGUCAGUUACUACAACACAGCCACCCUGUCAUUUAUUGGAAAAUAUUCCUUAAAAAAAAAGAAGCUAUUAUUAUUUGGGGACAAUGGCGAUAAAUUGCAUCACAAACAAUAGCCUAUUCAUUCAUAUCCAUAUUCCAUCACUGAUUGUUGAAGACGACGCAAGUAUGAACUGUCAAGGAAACAAACUCACAGCCCUUCAAACAUAAUAACUGCUGUGGUCAAAUGAAAUCCUUGUCUGUGUGUUGUUGGCAGGGAGAGUUUCCUAUAAUCCAGGUGAUCGGGCCUCUAGCGGGCUCCACGGUCCUGGUCUCCAUCCUGCUAUGGGUCACCCAAAGACGCAAGGCCAGAUCAAUCUGA